AUGAAGUUUAACAACAAAUUGUUCAACAAAGUAUCUCACGUUAUUUUUGAUUUGGAUGGUACUAUUUUGGAUACCGAAACUCUUUACAGAGAAGCCCUCCAGCGGAUUGCCGACAUCUACGAUAAAGACUGCAACAACGAUGUGAUCUUGAAGAUAGCAGGAAUGACCCAACCCAUGAUUGCUGAAACCAUAAUUGAAGAUUUCGACUUGCCAGUUGAUGUAAAAACUUUUUUGGACCAAUACAAUGGAUUUAUUGACACCAGGAUUGGACAUUGUGAUCUUAUGCCAGGUAAAAAUCAAGAGCUCAGUGUUUUCGAACAGUAUUUACCUUUUUACUAA